UCCCCCCCUCUUUUCUUGCUGCAUGGCUCGCGGAUAAGCACAAUUUACACUUUACUAUCUGGAUUCAAUUACUGUAGCCUUCCUUAUAUAUAUUCGACUCUACUGUAUGUAUCUUUGCUUCAUCUUUCCUUUCUCGCAUUGUCUGCUGUCUUCUCUCUCUUUUCCCCUCUUCUUCUUUCCCCUCUCCCGUGUUUGUCCCUCAGUCUUUCUCCCCCAGAAUUCCAGACAGCGGCUCUCCCCGCUCUAUUCCAGAUCUCGGCCUCUGCUUCACCCCAACCCUCUUAAGCAUCUUGUAUUCCCCAGAACAGCCUCGAUCAUUGAUCCUUGCUUGGGGCUGUCUCGCUUCCUUGCGGAAUUUGCUUUCAGCAGAGAGCUGGCUUGUAUCACAUUGACGUCCUUUUGUUAAUCAAUCGAUGACAGUCUGCCUGCCACCAUGGACCCGGGCAUCAACCCAUUCGUGACUGCGAAACCCCCUAAUCCACCCAAGAACGCCGGGCCUUCACUCCUUGCCUGCUUACUAUGUCGACACAAGCAUCUCAAGUGUGACGGUAACACACCCGUCUGUGGUCGUUGUGCAGCCACGGGCGCCGAGUGCCAGUAUACCCCGUCGCGUCGCGGGUACAAAGGCCCAUCAAAGAAACGUCGCGCCAACCCGUCCUCCCCUGACCAAAUCCCCACGGAUUUGUCGGCCUCGUUCGAGGCUCAGCCUUACUACAAUGUCCCCUCCGAAUGGGUCCUGCCCACCAGCAUGCCUCUGAUGCCUGUGACCACUCCGCUACCCAGUACCAGCACCCUGCCGCCUUCUCUUCCCACCACGAGCCCCGAACUGACGACAGAUGGCUCGGUUUCGUCGCAGCCUCUCCGCGCGGCUCACAGUCCCCUCACCCCGGACUCUUACUCCUCUAUCCCUAACGACAACUACCUCAUUGACAUCUACUACACCUACUUCCACCCCUCCCACCCCAUCCUCCUUCCAUUCCGGGUCCUGUGUCGGUCCCAUGUCCCACCUUUCCUGGAGCACGUGAUCAAAUUCAUUGGCACUCAUUUCACCCCCGCGGCUUCCAGCGACGCAUAUAGGCCGACGGUGAUGUCGUCCGUCAUAGAGCAGGAGCCCUCUGUGGAGAAAAUCCAAGCUCUGUUGCUCCUGGCCAUCGUUCUCCAUUCGCGAAAUGAGCGAUCCGAUGCUGGAGUGUGCAUCGCAAUGGCCGUCGACCUGGCUUUCGAGCUGGGAUUGCACACUCGACAAUUCGCGCAGACCAUGGGAGAGGGAGAUCCCGUGCGGGAGGAGAGUCUGCGACGAACCUGGUGGGAGUUGUUCAUUAUUGAGGCCAUGCUGACCGCCCUUGGGGUUCAACCGCAAUACCGAUGUAACACAGUGCCUCUGGAGGUGCCACUACCUUGCGAGGAGAGAAUCUACCAGGACGGACUGGCUCCUCCACCCCCACUGACGAUUGCACAGUUUGACGAGCGGGCGUUUGAUGAUGAAGAACGAGAUUUCUCGUCCUACACUUACCGCAUUGAAGCAGCCCGGAUCCUGGGUCGCGUGGUGGCCAUCCAGGAUAUGGUCGAGGGCCAGCAGGAUCAAGUGGAAGCUACUGACGCUCGGAUCACUAGCUGGUUCCACCAUCUGCCCGAGUCGAAGGCUGAGCUUCUGCGUCCUGAUGGAUCCGUGGACGAGAUGAUGUUCCAGGCGACCAUGGUCAUCAAUGGAUCGUCCAUCUACCUGCACUUCCCGCGGUCGGAUUUGCUGUCGUCCCCGGCGGUGGCUGCGGAGGUGAUUUGCGGCCAUCAUGGCCCGCUUAGCAUCCCCGCGUUCUCGCACCACUCGCACGCUAUGAAGGCCGUCAAGGCGGCUAGCGAAAUUUCUACGCUGGCGUCCAUCCGGAUGCCUGUCGUCAAGCACACCCCAUUCUUCAUCUGCACCUUAGUUCUGAGCUCCAUGGUGCAGCUUGCCGCCUGCUCCGUGAAAGCGGGCCAGAUGCCCGACCCCAGUCGCGACCGGCUCACGCUGACAAUCGGCGUCUUCAAGACGCUUGCCCGCACAUGGGCGAUUUCCCAGAGCAUCAUGCGGCAAAUUAAGGCGGUGGCGCGCGACGUGAUGGAUCUGGGUCUCCGGCCCAACCUGGACCAGAUAGAUUUAAAUACCAUGCUCGAAAACGGACGCUUCUGGAUGCCCGACAUGCUUCCCCGUUGAGCUUUUG